CGAGGGAGAGGGAGAUAGAGGGAGAGAAGUACAUGUCACUUAUCAACAGUGCGGGAGAGUAGAGGUGACUUCCUGGCCUAAUUAACUCACCUGCUCCUCUGUUUCACCUGUGGGAGUCAUUACAGAGGUGGAGGGAGGGGGUGUAGUCAUUAGCACAGGUGUGUGCUUGACCAUGUGAGGUCCGGGCAGUGAGGUACAGAGUCUGACACACCUGCCACAGCCCUGCAACACCACCACCAUGACGCAACAACUCCACAGCUACUCCGGCCAGAACUAUGACCGGUGGGUGCAGCGCAACACCAACAGUUCCACCCUGGGCAAGGUGCAGAAGCAGUUCUGGUUCACCAAGAGUGCUGUGAUCCGCCGCUUGGGCAAGAAGGAGGAUGAGCACGUGGUGGCCUCCGAUGCUGAGCUGGACGCCAAGAUUGAGUUGUUCAAGGCCAUCGAGAUCAGCACCAAGAACCUGCAGGUGCUGCUUGCCGACUACCAGAACAAGAUCUGCAUCAUGGCACAGGAGGAGAACGCCCUGGGUCGCCUGCUGAAGGAGCAGGGCAAACAGGACCGCACUCGGGCAGGCAAGGUGAUGGCCGCGGCAGGCAAGAGCUUGAGCUACACGGCCCAGCAGCGCGUGGCCCUCAGAAACCCCCUGGUGCGCCUCUUUCAGGAGGUGGACACCUUCUACUCCCGGGCAGUGGAGGACACGGCGGCCACAGUGGCAGAGAUGGAAAAGGUGAGGACAGAGUACCGUGGGGCACUCAUGUGGAUGAAGAACGUGUCGCAGGACUUCAACCCGGACCAGCACAGCCAGCUGGAGAAGUUCAGGGAGGUGCAGGCCACUGUCAAGCUCAAGAAGGCAAAGUUUGACCGCAUGAAGCUCAAGUCUCUGCAGAAGAUCGACCUGCUGGCCGCCUCUCGCUGCAACAUGUUCUCCCAUGCCCUCAUUGUGUACCAGAAUGGCCUGGUGGCCUUCUCAGAGAAAGCGGCUCGCACCAUGAACAAUGUGGCCACCAGUUUCAAGGGCCACCAGCCAUACCAGUUCACUGUCAUUCGGGAGCUGGCUGACCUGCCCCUGGAUGAGGAUGGCGAGGCAGGUCAGGCUGAUGGGGAGGAGGCCCAGGCUGAUGGGGAGGGGGAGGGGGAGAAAAUGGACAGUGAUGAGAAGACUUUCUUCAAUGCAGAGUACCAUGACCAGCCCAGGAGUGCCAAGGAUGGCCCAGCCCCCAGCGGCAAGAAGGCCAAGGCCAAGAAGGCAGAGGCCAAGAAGACACCCUCAGACAGCCUGGUGAAUCUGCUGGAAUAUGACGGCAGUGGGGAAAGUGGCGGGGAGGGGGGAGAUGCCACCUCCUCCCAGCUGGUGGACCUGCUGGGGCCGGAGAUGGAGCUGCCGCGCACUGAGUCUGAGACGCAGCAGCUGCUGCGGGAGCUGUUUGAGAGUCCUGUGCGCCAGCCCCUGCCGGUGUUUGGCAGCAGUGACGUGGCCGCCACCCCCUCCACUACUGCCGCCACCACGGGGUUGCCUCAGGACCCCUCAGACCCCUUCUCCCUCCCCCUGGGCCCCAAGACACAGCCCGGCCAACCGCCCCAGAACAUGUUCCUUCCGUCUCAGCUCCUGGACUUUGGCCUGCAGGGGUGGCAGCUCCCCACCACCAUCUUCCCCACAACACCCACCACUAUAGCACAGGCCACCCCCAGCCCCUCUGGUGCUGCCCGGCCCUCCACCACCACCACCACCCUGAAGGAGGAGGUGCAGAAGCUGGACUGGUAUAAGGUGUUCCAAGACAUUGAUCCUCUCGCAGACCCCGCCAACGCACUCUUCAGCCCCUCAACAGAGGAGGGUAAGCAGUGCUAGGCCUCGGAUGCUAUUUCUGCUGCUGCUGCCGCUGCUGCUGCUGCCGCCGCCGCUGCUGCCUCUGUCAGAUCUUCCGGGCCGUGGAGGCCACCACAGUUGUGUUGACGCCUUAGUGCACAGACGCCCCUGCACCUCUCACCCCUGUGUGGUUCACUCACUAGUGCCGGUGCCGUGUGUGGGAGCUGCCCUGCCAGCCUGGCUGACACACCCCUGCCUGGCACUGUGGUGUGGUGGUGCGAGUGGCAGCCAACAAACAUGCCAAGCAGGUUUUUUGUAAGGCUUUACACACCAGUGCCACACACACAUGUCCCCUGGGCCCCUCAACACCCCAGCACAGGGACACCCAACCACCACGCUGCACCGCCACCCACACCACCAUGCUGGCAGCAACACACACACACACACCAUGAGUGGGGAGGCUGCAACAAGAGGUGGCCUGUCUGUGCACCUCAAGAGGAAGAACAUUUUGUUCAUUCAUCCAUUCCUACUAUUGACUCUGUACUAUUACUGCUACAGUUAUGUACACACAUUUGCUGAUUUGAUCUAUGUGGCUUUCUUGUUUCUACAGGAGGCAUUCCAUUGGUAGGCUUUAGUUCUUAGACAAUCUCAGUUAAUUUUUUAGUGCAACGAGCUGACAUGCCAAGCACCACCACCACUGAACCCUGUACUGUCAAUAGUUCACACUGCUAGUCACUGCAUUGCAACACAGGGCCAGCCUUUGUUGUGUCUCUAGUCCCACACACACACACACACACACACACACACACACACACACACACACACACACACACACACACACACACACACACACACACACACACACACACACACACACACACACACACACACACACACACACAA